AUGCCCGGGAUCUUCUCCCGCAUCAACAAGGCACGAGAUGCCCGCCAAAAGAAGAAGAACGGCAUCAACGACCUAACCGACUCCCUCCCCGCCAAGCCCAGGUGGGAUGACGCCUACACUCGCUCCUCAGUCGAGCCCGACGAGAUUGCCGAGUUGAUUCGAUGCUGUACACACGAAAUCAAGUCGCGAGGUCUCGACCAUCCCUUUUUGCUCCUACCUUUCCGACCGACCUCCAACCCCAGCGGUGUCCGAACAUUCAUUCGAAACUUCUUUGGCAAGGAUGGCCUCGAUCCGCCUCUGCAGGGCGAGAGGCUCCAACAAGAAGUGCGAAUCGCAGAGCCCAUGGUCCUCGCCUCGGUCCUGAAAUGGUGCUGGAGCCGCCUUCAGGGUGGUGUAGUGUCCUGGGACGCAUAUGAGCUAUUCAAGAUUGGCGAACUCGACUCGAAGCUCGCCAGAGAUUCCUUCAAAACCUUUAUUCCCAUUAGUGUUGAGAGUGACGCUAGGCAGCACAUUAUUUUUGGCUUCUUUGAGCUCGUUGCUGCAAUUGCCGCCCAUGGCAAGACAAACGGACUCAGUGGCGUCAAGCUCUCCCGCAUGGCUGCUUGGUGGGCCUUUGAGCAAAGGGACACAGGCGAUGGGUUUGACGGAGGCUACAAAGCCUGGAAAAAGGCCGCCGAUGCCACCACGCACCUUUUCUUCGCCUAUCUGCGAUCGCUCUCCCCUGAGCAGGAGCUGACUGGCAUCACAAUGCUUCCCCGGUCCCUCCAGAAGCUUCUCAACGAGACCGAAUAUCCUCCCAAAGCUGCCGAUAUGCUAGUUUCUCGCACCAACAAGCUCGUUAUGAUUGUCGACUCCGUUUCGCCCACCCCUUUCGCGCUCCUUCGACGUGCUAGCAAGUUCGAGUACCGCGAUUCCGAUGUUGCUCUCCGCAAGCUUUCCGACUUCGAAGACGCCACCGAAGCCCUCAGCGAAGAAUGUCGCAGAGUGCUCAAGGCCAUUUCGGCGGCCAACCAAUCACAGGCUUCCAGCGCAAAGCACUCCACCAGCCUCCGCGACGCCUCUUGGUCGCGAUUUGAGGAUAUCGGCUUCGCAAGUGCCCUGACUGAGGAAGAUGACUACGAGGAGAGUGCCGUUCCGGUCAAGCGUCAGCCGCAGACGUUUGGUCCCAGCAAGAGCAUGCUGAACGUCCACUCCUCUGCUACCCACGAUGCCCGCCCUACGACCCCCUCUUGGGCCGAUUUCCUAUCAACUGGCUUUGUCGACGAAUCUGGCAAGACCAACACGCUUGUUCCCCCCGACCAAGUUCUUCCUCCCAUCGAUGUCCAGCGACAGCACAGCUCGCAGUCGCACCAGCCUCGUCUGGAAUCCGACAGAGAUCUGGAGCCUGGUGAGCUGGCUAGCAUCACACCCUUUGAUCUGGACGAUGCUUUCUGGUGGGUCUGGAUGAGCAGUCUCGCUCCUGAGGAGACCAGCGAGAGAAAGGCCGCUUUCGGCCGAUGCGCUGUUCUCGAAACGACCGUCUACGAUGGAGCAUGGCUAGUCAUGGAAGAGAUAAUUGCUGGAGCAGCUCCCGACCCCCAGGAAGGUGCUUAUAUCGCUGAGAAGAAGGGAUUCUUCAGCUGGACCAAGCGCAGCCGCACUGUUUCGCGUCGCAAAUCUGUCAACAAGUAUUCUCUGAAGAGAGGUGAACAGGCGCCCGGUGGCGGUAGCACCACCAGCAUUGGUCACGAUACCCAAGCCAAGAUCGCCGCCAAGGCAGCUCAGCUUCGUGCCAUUCAGGAGUCCGAAAACCAGCCUGCCGCCGCCCGGCGUGGUCGCACUGAUGAAGAGGUUUUGGGUGACAAGACCCACAGCGUCUUCGAUCUUCAACCACCCAUCGCUGGCGAGGCCUCUUCUGCUAUGAAAUGGGUAAAGAAGUAUGACAAGGGAGCUGUCAAGGACGCUUACCUCUCCAACAGCAACGCUGGCCGAGGCGUCUCCAUCUCCCCUGCCCGAGCGGAACACUCUCAUGAGCCUGCUGCUACUAACGGCGGAGCGAAAGCACCUAACGGUACUGCCACUGCAACCAACGGCAACGCCAAGGCGACUGAGAGAAAGCCCGUCCCUGCGAUUCCCGUUGCGGAGUCAGUCACCCCUCCUGCGCCGAUUGAGAAGGCCGAGUCCCCCAAGUCUCAAGAGACGCCAGUUGAGCCUGAUGUCAGCAAUGCCGUUGCUCCUACUGUGGAGGAGACUAAGGAAGAGCAGAAUGAACUUGUUCCGGCUCCGCCGCCCAAGGACGAGGAGCCCGCAGUCGUUCCAGCUUCACCAGUGCCAGCACCCACGCCUGCUGCCAAGCCUGUUGAGUCUCUGCAAAAGUCUCCUGUCAAGGAGCCCAAGGAGAAGGGAGGCCUCCGCAAGCUGUUCCGCAAGAACCGUUCCUCCAAGAUUCCGGAGAACUCGGCUGCCCAGCUGAACAGCAUGCUGCAACAAGACGCCGCCGCCACUGCGCCCAACCCAGCUGCUGUAGCCGCUGCUACCGCCGCGACCAAGACUCAGGCCCCUGACCCCGUUAGCGAGGAGCCUGUCGAGCAGGCUGCCGAGACGGAGCCCAUGGCCGAGCCAACUCUGGAUUUCGACGACCUACAGGAGCCUGCCGGUGAGGGUGGAAAGGGUCCCACUCCCGAGGAAGUCGCCGAUAGCAAGGAAGAAUUCUCUCGCUUUGACCAAGGCCCUCUGACUGACCAGCCUGCUUUCGCCCCCGAGGAUGCGGGAGAGGACGACGCUACACCCCCACCUAUCGCACGCGGCACACACGCAGCUGGCGAGAAGGAUACCAACGGACUUACCCGCACCGCCAGUCCCGGUGUGCAGGAUAGAUGGGCACAGAUCCGCAAAAAUGCCGCGAACCGUGCUACUCAGCGCCAAACUGAUGACCGCGACCGCAGCCUGCCACCCAGCAAGAGCGCGACCGAGGGAGAGGACGAGACCAGCGGCGAGGAGACUAUCGAGUCGCGUGUUGCUCGCAUCAAGGCUCGUGUCGCCGAGCUGACUGGCAACAUGGAGGGUACCAACGCCCCUCCCGUGAAGAAUAACGCUUAG